CCUCCUCCUCCUCCUCCUCCUCCUCCUCCUCCCCCUCCUCUCCGAGAGGAGAACUCCUGGCUCGCGGCGCUGGACGUGGGCGGGUGCAACGCCCGCCUCGCCGAGCGCCGGCGGCGCCACGCCGGCCUGGUGGCGUCCGGGGCCUUCUGGCAGCUCACCGCCGGGGAGAAGGAGCGGGCCGCGCCGGAGGUCCGCGAGGUGCGCUGGCUGGACAUGGGACCGCCGUGCUCGCCGCCUUCUCCUCGAUGGACGGGCGCCUGCGCCCCGUCAACGAGUUCCAGGGCGGGGAGCUCGCGCGCCGGGGCAGGUCGGCGCGGUGGCGGACCAUGGCGCUGCUCCUGGACGUCUCCAGCUUUCCGUCCCUCCGCGCCCUGCAGCGGCACACUUUGCAGGUCGACGCCGAGGCCGAGCUCCGCCGCGUGCAGUGGCUCUUCGACGGCCAGUCCGCCGAGAGCGCGGAGGCGGAGGUGCGGUCGCGGGCCGGCCCCGGACCGAGCGGCCUCUUCGACGGGGCAGAGGCGCGGGCGGCUCUGGUGCAGGAGCGGCGACGCCUCGACGAGCUGGACGCCAGCGGCGGGGCGCGGCCGGGCGAGGCGCGGCUGUGACGCGCGGCGGCGGCUCAUCCCUCCCCCCAGUGCCACUCCCCUCCCCUCUUCUCCCUCCCCUCCCCUCCCCUGCUUCUCCUCGCCCCAUCCUCUUCCUGCUCCUCCCUCUCCCCCCCUCCUCCUCCUCGCCCGCCUCC